CUGUACUCACCCAGCUCACUCACUCACACUCGCGUCCCCUUCCUGCUUUCUCCCCCGGCGAUGGCUCGCACGAAGCACGCGGUGGCGGCGACGACGGCGCAGAAGCGGCUCCGCUUCGAGCUCUCCUCUCCAUUGAGGCCGCCGCAGGCGCAGCCAGAGAGGAGGGAGAAGAGACCGUACCGGUUCCGGCCAGGGACGGUGGUGCUGCGCGAGAUCAGGAGGUACCAGAAAUCCACCGCGCUGCUCAUCCCCCUCGCGCGCUUCGUCCGCCUGGUUAGGGAGAUCACCCAGGACCUCAGUAAGCCGGGAGAGUUUUUACGCUGGACUCCUCAGGCGCUCGUCGCGCUGCAAGAGGCUGCAGAAUAUGAAAUGGUCGACCAAUUAGAAAGGGCAAAUCUCUGUGCCAUCCACGCGAAACGUGUUACCAUCAUGCAGAAGGACAUGCAGCUCCUGAGGCGUCUCGGGGGGAGAAGGCCUUGGUGAUACAUAGGGAGCAAGACUCUGGUGGUACUAAUUAGGACAUUGACGGUAGUGUUUUGAUAUAUGUCUGUGAGUUUAUCGUUAGGAAGUAAUGUAGGUAUAUUUUCUGUUAACAUGUGUACAUAUGUAGUGCCCGUAGUGGCUCUCACAUGAUUUUGUCAUCGGUUGUGCUCUUAUAAAUCUAUAUAUAUAGCUGCACACGUCCAGUGAUAAAGUGAGUUGAGUCCAAUCCCUCUAUUACAUUUUCAUCUAGUUUGCUCGUCUUUGAAGUAGAUCUGUUUCUUUGCAUGUUUUGGUCUCGUCUGACCUCUCAGCCUUUGCUGCAUUUGAAUUAGUCUAAUUCAGACAGAGCUUCUCUCUAAAACUGUCAAAUGACUUGAAACUGUUGUGAAUUUACAUACAAACGCUUGAAACUUUUUGUUGUAACCUAAUCAUUUCUCUCUUAAAAGCGCCUUCAA